AUAAUUGUUUACAAACAACGUGUUGACACAACUUUGUCCAUGAGCCGCCGCAUUUUUAACAUAUAAUAAUUAUCAAUUUGCUUUUUUUAGUUAUUUAUCUACAAAUAUGAUACAUCAAGAAUUGGUGGAUUUCCUUAAAGGACAAGGAGUUUGCGAUAUAUGCCAAUUAAGAUAUUUAAAGGCACGAGGCAACGAAUAUAGAGAUCUAAAGGAGAGCUUUGAAAAGCUGAAUGUGAAAUACGAAACAGAUUCCAGCGAAACGCUUUGCAAAAAACCAAAGCUGGAAGUUUGCCCAUGUUGCUUAGGGCUAUUCUCCCAUAGCUUUCAGUCGCUGCUCAUAGAAAGAAUCCUUAAAACAGACAUUCAAAAAUUUGAAUGUGACGACAUUGUCGUAGCUAUAUGUAUGCCAAUGCUUGUGCAGACAAGACAACUCUCCAUGUGGUAUGCUUUGUUGGAAAAGUUUGGAACACAAAUCGAGAAGGAGCGUGCUCCAGAUGUGCCCUUAAAAGAAGCUGUAAAACUGAUUAUAAAUCCCAUUAUAUGCAAAGAGUUAAAAAAGAAAUAUGAGCCCAAUGGCAAUGGCAUUAUGAUAAACAUACAAUUAUCCCAUAGUCUAGAAGAGGAAAAUCUAAAGCAAUUAAAACAAUUGCAUGAGAAGGCAUUUCCCACACCGCCCAAUGCUAAACGCCAGCCUGUAUCGCGUGGUGUAUUGGAAAAACAAUAUACACCCAAACGACUUAAACCAGAAUUAUUUCAGGAAUUUUUUCCCAUACCACCACCAACAGUAGAUGAUAUAUUGAGCUUAGAGUCUAUGGAGUUGACUGGUCCCACGGUGUUUGUGGCAGGUAGAUAUAGGAAAAUUACAAGGGAAAUGUCGCAUACGCCUUGGGUUUUAAAUGGCAAACGCAUAAUGGAAGACAGCAUUGAGGAAAUAAUAAUAAAAUCGGUAGCCCCCUAUUUCUGUAAUGAUACAACAAAAGUAAUAUUUAUGUCCAGUGGCCGCGAAGAUGUUGAUGUUCGUUGCUUAGGCAAAGGUCGACCCUUUGUAUUAGAAAUUCCCAAUUCCGUUCACACUACUUUGCCGGUAACGGAAGCCUACCGCAUGGAGUGUGAAAUCGAUAAAUCUUUAAAGUUGUCUGUGCGUAAUUUACAAAUGGUUAACAGAGAAGAACUAGUACAUAUAAAAUCUGGCGAAGAGCAAAAGAAAAAAUACUACAGAGCACUGUGCAAACUAAGAGAUCCGGCCACAAUUGAUUUAUUAAGAAAACUAGAUCUACCCGAAGGCUUCGAAAUUCAACAGAAAACCCCUAUAAGAGUCUUGCAUCGUCGACCCUUGCACACCAGACCACGUACUAUUUUUAAAAUGAAAGCAUGGGUCCAUCAAAACGAUACCCGUUUAUUGGUAUUGGAUGUUGUUAGUCAGGCUGGUACCUACAUCAAGGAGUUGGUACAUGGCGAGUUUGGACGGACGACACCAUCAGUUUCAUCUAUCAUUGAACAGCCGGUGGAUAUUUUAGCGCUGGACGUGUUGGCAAUUGAUUUAGAUUGGCCCAAAGAAAUCGACAAUGGCAUUGGGCAGGAAACUAAAUAAAGUUAAAAUACUUGAAAUAUAAGUAUUUAUGUA